AAAAAACUCUAUACAAGGGAGAUGCUUGUAAUGUCUUACUCCGUCUGUGAUGGUAAUGGAAAAGUAGGUGAUGCGCCAAGCACCUUUGUAGUAGCGUGAAUAUGGGAUUGAUGCUAAGGAGGUGCGCCCAGUAAUACUGGUGCCGCGCGGAGCAGGCUCGUUUCAGGUAUACCGAAUUUUCGGUAUUUUUGCCCACCUCUAGACCAGCACAGGCGUUUUGGAUCUGGUUUCUUCCUCCCAAUGUCCAGCAGAACUCUAUUAAUAUAAUCGCAAAAUCGUCUCCACAGAACCGAUAUCAUUCUUCAGUUAGAAAUCUGCAGGGGGUGGGUUGGUCGGUAUUGAAGAGACCAUUCACUGUAAUCAUCACCUCCUUCUCAUCAGGUGGAUGCAAUUUUGGUAAGGUUCGAGCAAUGGGUGACCUUGCCAGUAGUCGCACUACUCGUGUUCUUUUUUGCGGGCCCCAUUUUCCCGCAUCUCACAAUUAUACAAGAGAAUAUGUGAAAGGUUAUCCAUUUAUAAAGGUUGAUGAUGUUACCCUUGACAAUGUGCCUGCUGUGAUUGGAGACUAUGAUAUAUGUGUUGUAAAAAGCAUGAAACUAAAUUCUGAUCUCAUCUCAAGAGCAAAGAGGAUGAAACUUAUAAUGCAGUAUGGAGUUGGGCUGGAAGGUGUUGACAUCAAUGCUGCCUCAAUCCAUGGAAUUAAAGUUGCUAGAAUCCCUGGGGGUUUAACUGGAAAUGCAACUUCAUGUGCUGAAAUGGCCAUAUAUUUGAUAUUGGGCCUUUUGCGUAAACAGCGUGAAAUGCAAACUGCUAUAGAGCAGGAAAGGCUUGGAGAACCAAUUGGUGAGACCCUCCUAGGCAAAACGGUCUUCAUUAUGGGAUAUGGCAAUAUUGGGAUUGAAUUGGCAAAACGAUUGAGACCAUUUGAUGUGAGAAUACUUGCUACGAAACGGAGUUGGCCAUCACAUUUACAUAACUCUAAUGGGACAAGUUCAGUACGCAUAGGGAAUUGCAUUGAUGGUGACCUGGUAGACGAAAAGGGAAGCCAUGCUGAUAUUUUGAAAUUUGCUAGAAAGGCCGACAUUAUUGUCUGUUGCUUAACCAUGAAUGUGGAAACUGCUGGGAUAGUGAAUGAUGAUUUCUUAUCUUCAAUGAGAAAGGGUGCUACGCUAGUUAAUAUAGCUCGGGGCGGACUCUUGGAUUAUGAUGCUGUUUUUAAUCAUUUGAAAAGUGGACACUUGGGAGGUUUAGGAAUGGAUGUUGCUUGGACUGAACCAUUUGAUCCUGAAAAUGUCAUUCUAAACUUUCCAAAUGUCAUUCUCACACCCCAUGUUGCAGGCGUCACUGAGUUGUCAUAUAGGAGCAUGGCCAAGAUUGUAGGAGAUGUUGCUCUUCAGCUUCAUGAAGGGUCACCAUUUACUGGGAUAGAAAUUGUGAAUUAGUAAAAGUAAGGACUAAGGACCCCGCAAAGACAUAACAGUGGAUGAAUUCUAUGUUCAAGUAUUUAUUUUCUUUUUUGUUGUUGGUAAUGAAUUAAUUAAUGUAAAAUUUGACUCCGUUUUAAUUGAUGAAAUUUUCGCAUGAUCAUCGAACUCAUUUUAUGUUCUCUUUUGUGUUUACAGUUGGUUAAAUCCUU